CACAUAGCCUCUCCAGGCGCGGCUGAGAGCUGUUCCCGGGCGCCAGUGGGCAACAGCGCCUCGCCGGCCGGGAGAGCCAGCCCCGGACCAAGCUGAGGGCUGAGGCUGCGCGGGAGACCUGCGAACCCGGGGCUAGCGCCCGGGGGCAAGUCUUCUCCUUCUUUCACGCUUCUUGCUUUCUCGUUAAAAAUAAGCAAAGCAAAGAAGCAAAAACUCCCCAGUUCCCACUGCAACUUGGAGGAGCAGGGAGUGACUAUGGAAGGAACUGACGCAGAGGUUUUAUUCAUGAACCUUGAAGAAGUUCUGGGCAAGUGACUCAACAGGACCUGCGAGGCCCGAGAGUCGCCCCCUUGUCAGCGCUGGUGCAGCCUGGCAGUGCCCUCUGGCAGUCAAGCCGCAGCCCGCAGCCAGCAGGCGGGGGCCGGGCGCCCCCCGACUUGGUGUGGGAAUAAUGACCCUACCGAUGGUCUGGACCCAGGUGGUCGCGCUCGGUGAUCUUCCCCACCAGGUCUGACUGCCAUUGUGGCUCAGAGAGUCUAAACUGGAGCCAGUAUGAUGGAUGAUGACACGGAGCUGAGGACUGAUGGCAACUCGCUUUUAAAGGCUGUGUGGCUAGGGAGGCUCCGGCUGACCAGACUGCUUCUUGAAGGGGGAGCAUAUAUCAAUGAAAGCAACGACAAAGGUGAAACAGCUCUCAUGGUGGCAUGCAUCACCAAACACGUGGACCAGCAAAGCAUCAGCAAGACCAAAAUGGUGAAAUACCUUUUGGACAACAGGGCAGACCCCAACAUCCAGGAUAAGUCUGGCAAGACCGCGCUCAUCCAUGCUUGCAUCAGAAGAGCUGGGGGAGAGGUGGUCUCCUUAUUGUUAGAGAAUGGAGCAGACCCCAGCCUUGAGGACCGCACUGGGGCUUCAGCUCUGGUUUAUGCAAUAAAUGCGGAUGACAAGGAUGCUUUGAAACAUCUCCUUGAUGCCUGUAAAGCCAAAGGGAAGGAGGUGAUUAUUAUAACAACAGACAAAUCAUCUGCGGGAACCAAAACCACCAAACAGUAUCUUAAUGUCCCCCCAUCACCCAAAGUGGAAGACAGGCAGUCACCUCCACGGUGUGCGUCCCCCUCUGAUGUUGAGCUGAAGGCUCCAGGCCUGGGCUUUCCAUCCAGUGAGAAGGAAGAUGAUUUCUUCAGCCUCCAAACAGGGCAUCCAAGUGGUUGCAAUGCCCCCAAGGUUCUUAAUGAGUCCGGGUCACCCACCAGGAAAGUCAGUGGUCUCAAAAGGGCCCGUCUGCCCCAACUGAAGAGGCUCCAGUCUGAGCCCUGGGGCCUGAUUGCUCCCUCAGUGCUGGCAGCUUCAGCACGCCAAGAUGAGACCCAUAGCCCCAGCACAGACAAAGAGGUUCUCAAAAGCAUCAGUGAUGUGUUCUUCACUAAGAGGAGGCCUCUCUCCAGAACCAACAGUAUUGAUAGCAAAGACCCUACCCUCUUCCCCAUGGUCAUGGAGCAGGUUCUGAAGAUUCCAGCCUCUUCAGCACCAGCAUCCUGGAAGGCAGCCUAUGAGAAAGGCCAGGCUCCUAACCCACGUCUGGCCAGAAGAGGAACUCUCCCUGCUGACCAAGAGAAGGGUAGUGUGGGCCCAUUGGGACCCUCUGCUCUCAAACAGCUGGAAAAUGACCUCUAUGAUUUAGAUUUACAGCCAGGGGCUGACCCGCCCAACUCCAUUUCCCUUGAAUCUGGCAAAGGACCCUUAGACAGAAAGAAGCUCAACAGCUCCCACUUGGCUCUUUUCCAUGGCUCUCGGGAGUCCCUGGACACUGUACUCAGCACAUCCCCCAGCUCAGCACGCCGAAGGCCACCACAUCUUUUAGAAAGACGAGGCUCUGGAACUCUGCUCCUAGACCGUCUCUCUCACGCUCGGCCUGGCUUCCUUCCUCCUUUAAAUGUGAAUCUGAACCCACCUAUCCCGGAUAUCAGAUCUAGCUGCAAACCUUCCUCCCCCCUUGCUAGUGGCUUAAAGUCAAUGGUUCCUGUUGCUCCAAGUUCACCAAAGAGAGUUGAUUUGAGAAGUAAAAAGAAGCUCCUCAGAAGGCAUUCUAUGCAAAUUGAACAGAUGAAGCAGCUGUCGGACUUUGAAGAAAUCAUGACCUAGGAGCUUCUAGAAAGGC